AAGCUGGAUGUGGUGCUAUAAACACAAGUCCUUACUACUCGACUCUUCAUAACAUCGCAAAGCAAAACAAAACAAAUUACACCAGCCAUGAGAAUCCAACACCAAUUUCUUCUUUACCACUCUCUCUUUCUUCUCUUCUUAACUGCUACAACCUUGGUAUCUCCUUCUCAUGGGGAUUUAGGAAAAUGCCAUCCCAGCGACUUCAAAGCUCUUAUGAAGAUGAAGAAUUAUAUAACUAUGUCAGACGUAUAUUCUUCAUGGUUCCAAAACACAGACUGUUGUAACUGGAUUGGAAUCCAAUGCGAUAGCAAAACCAACCGUAUAGGCGGAAUCCACCUCUUUAUAGGUGAUAUCGAUGGCCAAAUUCCACCCUCUGUAGGUGACCUUUCUCACCUCACGGCUUUAACUCUCAACCACUUCAAAAAUGUCACUGGUCCGAUCCCGCAAUCUAUCACAAAGUUAAAGCAUCUGGAAGUGCUGGAUCUCGGCGAUAUGAGUCUGUCAGGGCCGGUUCCCCACUUCCUUAAUCAACUCACUCUUCUUACCAGACUCGAUCUCUCAAAAAAUCAAUUCUCUGGUUCUAUUCCACCCAAUCUCUCAGACCUCAAAAAUAUUAUAUCCAUCCAUCUCGACGGGAACAAACUCACCGGUUCAAUCCCGGAGUCUUUUGGGAAAUUUACUGGUACUGUACUUGAUCUUUACUUGGGUCGCAAUAAACUCACUGGUCGGGUUCCAAAAUUUUUAGGAGCUCUGAAUGGCGCGAUUGACUUGUCAAGGAACAAACUUAUAGGGGAUGCAUCCUUUCUAAUCAAUCCCAACCAUAGUUUUAUCGAUUUGUCGAAGAACGAGUUCGAGUUUGAUCUAUCAAAGGUUAAGUUUCCAAAGGAUUUAAAUAUAUUCGAUAUAUCACAUAACAAAAUAUUUGGUGGAAUCCCUGAUGAGAUUAAGAACUUGGAAAGUUUGUACACGUUGAAGGUAGGUUACAACAGGUUAUGUGGUAAGAUACCAACCGGAGGAAUCAUGAAGCGUUUCAAAAGCACUUCAUUUUUUCAUAAUAAGUGCCUGUGCGGGACGCCAUUGACGAUCAGUUGUAAGAAAAACUGAUGGAGUAACAUUAUGAAGCCUUCUGAGUUCUCAUCUAUCUCUUUUUUAUGGACUAUUAGUCUGGUACUGUAUGAAUGCUGUCAGAAAUCUACCACUUAAAGCAGUUUUACAAUGCGGAGUUUAUAUCUAGUCGCAAUUUC